AUGGACAUCAGAUCGACGGGUUCUCGUCUGCUGCUUCUGUUCUUGCUUCUGGGUCUCUGUAAAGCUCAUCAUGAUAAUGAUCAGGGCGCUGAUAAAGAUAUCUCAGUGAAUACGUCGGACAAUGAGGACAUUACCACAACUAUUCUGAGGAUGAACAAUGGAACCAGAGAUCAUCUGCUGGAAGGAGACGUGCUGAUUUCAAAAACCAGAAGUGCUAUGAAGUGCUUCAAUAAAGCGUAUUCAUGCCUGUGGCCAAAGUCUGCAAACGGGAAUGUAGAAAUCCCGUUCCUUAUAAGCGAUAAGUAUGACAACAAUGAGCGGAGUAUGAUUUUGAAUGCAAUGAAGGACUUUGGAUACCGAACCUGCAUUCGCUUCAUUCCACGCGCAGCUCAGAGGAUGUACCUGAGCAUCGAACCGAAAUUUGGCUGUUUCUCUUUACUGGGUCGUAUUGGAGACAAGCAGGUGGUGUCCCUGCAGAGGUUUGGUUGCGUACAGCACGGGAUCAUCCAGCAUGAGCUUAUGCAUGCGCUGGGUUUCUACCAUGAACACAACCGUAGCGACCGCGACCAGUAUGUCAAGAUCCACUGGGAAAACUUCAACGACUAUUAUCUCAUCAACUUCCAAAAGAAAGACACAAAUAAUCUUAACACUAUGUAUGACUACUCCUCUGUAAUGCACUAUGGAAAGACUGCCUUUGGACGUCAUGGAGCAGAGACCAUAACCCCCAUCCCCGACGCCUCUGUUCCCAUCGGGCUGAGAGAAGGCCUGUCUAAGAUCGACGUCAUCCGAAUUAACAGGCUCUAUGAAUGCUGGAGUUACAUGUAA